AAGUGAUGGAAUAUAAUAUCAAUACGUAGUAAAUGUUGAAGCAUUGUGUUUAAAGUGGUUAUUUGAUGCAUUCUUGUCAGUUUGUUUAUAACUUACACAUUGAGGCAUAAACAUGAUUCUUCUGACUUGGUUAUGUCUUGUUUUCUUUGGAUUUACAGAUUUACCUCAUACACUUCCACCACCAACAACUCCAAGUAUAACGAGUGAAACGGAAGUAAGCACUCGCCAAGAUCGUGAAAUUGUGGUUAUAGUAAGCGGGAAUAAAGAAAUUCAACUACCUCAAGAUAAAGUAGAACUUACAGCACAAGCGGUUGGAAACCCAGUAGUUGGCUUUGAAUAUAAAUGGAAAUUGAUUGAUAAUCCCAUUGAUUUUGAUGGGAUGCAGGCAGGCAAGCAAGACAGUACAUUGAAACUUAGUUCACUCACGGCGGGAAAAUAUAAGUUCAAGGUAAUAGCAACAGAUUUAAACAGAUAUGGUGAAGCAUUUGUGAAUGUGACUGUGUUAGAAGCACCUCGAAUAAACCAACCACCAUUAGCAGUCAUAACACCAUCUUCUGAUCAAAUCCUUACACUUCCUAAUGAUGCAACUGUUUUAGAUGGCUCAAAGUCAUCAGAUGAUGAUGGUAUCGUCUCAUAUCAUUGGAAACUUGUUGAAGGACCCUUGCAAAGUGAUGAAGGGGAAAAUACAUUACAAGAUGGCAGGAUUUUAAAGCUUGAACAUUUGAUAGCUGGUAGUUACACAUACAAACUAACCGUCACAGACACGGAUGGUCGCACAAAUUCAACCAUUGCUCAUAUCCUCGUUAACAAAAAAAUUGACAACAAACCAAUAGCAAAUGCAGGGAUACAACAAUUAAUUACAUUACCCCAAGACAGUGCUGUGUUGUGUGGUAAUGGAAGCAAGGAUGAUUGGGGGAUAGAAAGUUAUGAAUGGUCGUUGAGUCCUGAUAGUCCAAAGCAAGUUGUGGACUUGCAAGAUUCAAGAUCUGAAUGUCUUCUGCUAUCAAACCUUGAAGUUGGGGAAUAUAAGUUUCAACUUGUUGUCACUGACAGUGCUAAACAGUCUGACACUGCAACUGUAUCAGUUAUAGUUCAUCCUGAAUCAAAUCACCCACCGGUCGCAAAUGCUGGAACCGCACAGGAAAUUAUUUCCCCUCUUGCUCAAGAUGAAGAGUCAUCAGAAGCAACACUUAAUGGAACUAUGAGCAGUGAUGACAAGGGAAUUACUUCUUCAGAGUGGCUGCAAACUAGUGGUCCUGCAACAACCAUAGUUGAACCUGGGAAAUUAGUCACAAAAGUAUUUGGUUUAACAAAAGCUGGAACAUAUGAAUUCAAACUCACGGUGCAUGACAGUGGAGGCUUGGAGGAUUCAGACACUGUCAAUAUAGUUAUUACACCAGAGAAACCACCAAGGAUUAAUAUUGGAAAUGAUCUUCACCUUACGUUACCUGAUAAUGCAGUAACACUUGAUGGCAGUAGAGUGGUUGAUGAUUAUGGCAUUCAAAGUUUUCUUUGGGAACUUGACCCAUCAAGUCCUGCAGCAGGGCAUAUUCUGAACAAUACAGACCAAACAGCAGUUCUACAAAUGUCUGGUCUUGUGGAAGGAAAAUAUAAAUUUAAACUUACUGUUAAAAAUAAACGCGGACGAGAGGCAUCAAAAGAAGUAAAUGUCAUUGUUGCACAAAAUCCAUCACUUAAUUAUUUGGUUGAACUUCACAUUGCUCAGCCAGUGAAAACAUUUACAUUUGCUCAACUUCAAAAAGUUAUUGAGCAAGUUCAACUUUAUUUGGAAUUAUCUGGAAAACCAGAAGUGAUUGUUCAUUCUGUUUACCCAAUACAUUCCACAGGACAUAUUGUGGUGUUAUUUACUGCCAAGCGACCAGACCGGACAUUCUUGUCAGCCAUAAAUGUUGUAGAGACACUGAACUCCAAAUUUGGCUCCAGUAGUACAGUAUCUGAUGUUGAAGUAUUAUUGGUGGACACUUACAUUUGUGAAAACAAAUGUUCCAAUCACGGGAAAUGUCAUUCUGGUUCAAAGCAAUGUCAGUGUGAUGUAUUUUGGAUGCAAGAUUUUCUCCGGGUUUAUUUUGGUGAUGGAAAGCGGAAUUGUGAUUGGAGCAUUCUAUACGUGGUUAUUGUGAUCUUAAUCAUCAUUAUUGGAGUGUGUCUUCUUUUAUAUUUUAUUACAUGCUUCUUUAUAAGAAGGCGAAAACAAAAUCGGGUUUCAAAAAAGAAAAAUUACAUUUUACUAGAGAACGGAAAAUCUUCCUCAAAAAACAAUUCAAAUGGAUACAAACGUAAAAAUGGUUACAAGAAAACAGGAAGAAAUAAAACUACAAGCUUAAUGAGAAGUAUGACCUCAUCAUCCAAUGAGGACCAAACAGUUUUUGAAAAACGUAAAUUAAUCAACAAACCCAAGGGACGACGAUUAAAAAAUUCAAAUCAUAAAAUGAAUCAAGUCAAAGAACGAAAAACUUUAGUAGAGCUUCAAGAUGAGUUGUUAGAUAAAGAUAACUCUGAUAAUUCAUUUGAUGGAUUUGGUUUAGAUGGAGAUCACCAAAUGACUUUAGAUCAAAACGAUUUUGCCAAAGAGAUUUUAUAAAAAUGACUUACUUUAUUAUUAACAAAGUUUUAUUUCACAUAUUUAUAUUAAUAUUAUUGUUUUGUGUUGUAUAUAAUAAUAAUAAUGCUGUGAUAUACUUUUAUGUGCAACCGAAAAAAUGUCCAUGCUAAAAAUGUAUACUAUUUCACUUGUUUCAGGAUUUGUUUUCAAAUAAUUCUCACCGAAGUUUUAUUCAACUUUUGUUUUGCUACAAAAUUGCCCUUGUUUUUUGUUUGUUUUUGUGUCGUAGAGAUUGAAAGGGCAAUUUAAAAUGCGAUAAAACAAAGAAUAUUUAUGUACUGUUUAAAUCAAUACAUUUUAUUUGAAGAUG